AUGAAUCAUGAUCCUAUUGUAACUCAUUCAAAAGCAAAUUCAAAUAUUGAUGAAUCUUCGUCCGAUAGUCUUGAUAGUUCAAGUAGCAAUAAUUUAACUGAAUUUGAACAAGAUCAAGAUAUUAAAAAUCUAGAUAAUUUGACAGAAUUUGAACGAAAUCAAGAAGAUGAAAGUUUUGAUACUGAAAUGUAUGAUAAUUUAUCUAUAUCGCAUAAUAAUGAAAAUUCUACUGAAAAUAUUCCUAUAACUUAUUCAAAUAAGCAACAAUCCUCACAUGUAUGGAAAUUUUUUAUAGUACUUGCUACAAAACAACGUAAAUGCAAUCAUUGUAAACGUAUCUUUAGUAAUAAAACAGCAACAAGCACACUUGAUCAACAUAUUCAAAUACAACAUAUAGGGCUAUAUAAUAAUUUUUGUCAAACAGCUUUAGAUCAUUAUAGACGUCCUAAACCAUAUCCAUAUAAUAUUCAAGAAAAAAAAAUAGCUCUUUUGUUAAAGUGGAUUGUUGUUAACUUACAAGCAUUUCGGGUUGUUGAAAACUUACAUUUUAAACAAUUUAUUUUUGAUCUUGAUCCACGUUUUCAGCUUCCUUGCUGGCAAGCACUUCAAAAUUUAAUUAUUUCUAAGUUUGAAUUACAAAGAACUUUAAUUAAAAAUUUUAUUUUUAAUCUUUCUUAUGAAAAUUGGAAUCUAUAUCAUCUUCUUUUAGAUGUUUUUGAAAUUCCUUCAUCUCAUACUGGCCAAAUAAUUUCAAAUAUUAUUUUAUCCCUUUUAAAUGAUAUAAUUAAAAAUACUCUUGCUAAUAAUUUUUCUAAUAGUUUAUUUCAACAUAUUCGCUGUGCUGCAUAUAUUAUAAAUAUUGCAGUUAAAAAAGGCUUAAAGUUAGCAAAUAGAUAUUUAAUUAAGCUUCGUUAUUUUAUUAAAAAAAUUCGUAAAUCUGCACUUUUUAUUGAAGAUUUAAAACGUAUAACAGCUUCUUUUGAUCAUCCUUUUUUAAGACCAAUUAUUGAUUGCUCAACCCGAUGGAACUCAUCUUUUUUGAUGAUAGACCGUUUAUUCAAUCAUCUUAAUGCUUUUAAUAGUAACUAUCAAGAUAUAAAUGCAGUAGUAUCUAAAAUUAGAGAAAAAUUAGAUGAAUACUGGCCAAUUAUGCAAGAAGCGAGUAAGAUUGCUGCUUUUUUUGAUCUACAUUUUAAACAAAUUGUUUAUUCAGAAAAUUCAGCAAAUGAAAUUUUGGCUUCAAUCUGUGCAAAUCUACCAUGUAUUCAAUUUUUACAAGAAUAUAAUAGAACAUCUAUGUUAACUACAACUUCUGACUUAGAUGAACUUACUCGAUAUUGGGAAAUAAUUGCUCCACCUGAAGAAACUUCU